AUGGGCCUCUUCAAGCUUCUGCCACUGCUAUUCAUAUCUUUUUCCGCCGCAACGAUACUGCAGAAUGGCCAGAUCCGUCCGAACGACUAUCGGAACACCACCGUAACCGCCAGAGAUCUUUCAUCGGAACCUGCCUGGGUUUCAUAUCCACCGGAUGCACCAGAGCUCUCAUACAAAGGCCGCUGGGAUCAUCAAUACAUCUCUUGGUGGUCAGCUCCAGGCCUCAAGUUUGGUUUCGAGGCGGACAGUGUCGCUAUCAGCUUUGGAAACUACACCUCCGAUGGCGUUCUCAUCGCGUACAGGGUCGAUGGUCAGGACUGGCUGCUGACGAACGUCACCGCAAACUCAACGCACAUGCUUGUCGGCCCUCGAACGGAAGGCAACAACCUCACGCACCCAUCGAUACAUACAUUCGAGAUGAGGGUAACGAACUGGGCAUAUGGUGUACAGAUCAAAUGUGUGCACGUCUCCGGGCCAGCAGCACGACUGAUCCACGUCCCGAACUUCCCACGAACCAUGGAGCUGAUUGGAGACUCACUCUCCGCAGGCCAGUACGCAACCUUGGAAGGGAUCUCGAGCUACUCGUGGGGCUUGAUGUAUGGCUUAGGCAACGUUGAGUUCAGCAUCACCGCAUAUCCGGGCAUAUGUUUGCAUGACAAACGCUGCUACGGCAAUCUGCACGGCCAGACAUUUCAGUGGCUCAAAACACCAGACACCAGCGGCCGCGCGCUCGAGAUUUAUGGUGACGGUCCUGAUAUCCCGGAUUGGGACUUUGAGUCACAUCCUCCAGCUGACAUCACUGUGAUCAACAUCGGGACGAACGACAACAACACAGCAAACAACGUCACCCACAAAGACUUCCACGACAGCUACAUCCGCUUGAUCGACGAAGUCCAUGUUCGCUGGCCGGCCUCGCAGAUUAUCGUUCUUUCGCUCUGGGAAGGCUUCGGCGAGACAGACAAUAUGUGGAUUCAAGGCGGUGGUUUUGUAGACAUUAUUCAAGAUGUCGUGCGAUCAUACAACAACGGCUCGCUGAACGAGAGGGGCGGAGAAGGCUUCGUGCACUACUUCAACACCACAGGUAUCCUUCAGCAUAACGAUAUUGGCCCCCUUUAUCAUCCGACGGAUGUGGGUCACAUCAAGCUCGCCAGUCAUUUGAUGCAAUACAUCAAGUUGACAUUUGGCUGGGUAUUGGACCAGACAGGUCCUGAAGUACAACAUGACACACUUUACUGGAACGAUCAAACGAGCUAUUAG